AUGGAGGACCCUCCUCUCGCGUCGCUAUCUUUGACACAUGUCAACUAUAAUCCCGACGACCGCCUCUCCUACCUCUGCGCAUGGCUCGCCCUCGUCCCCCAAGGCCUCUGUAUCACCUAUGCAACGCUCGUCUGGUCGACCCGCGAGGUCGAGGUCCUGCUCAUGUUCACCGGCCAGCUAGCGUGCGAAGCCCUUAAUUGGUGCCUGAAGCGCUAUAUCAAGGAAGAGCGGCCGAGGCAAAUGAACGGGAAGGGCUACGGCAUGCCCUCCUCACACGCCCAGUUCGUCGCCUUCUUCUCCGUUACCCUCGCCCUCUUCCUCCUAUUUCGCCACAUACCACACCCAACUCAGACACACACACCCAUCACAUUCAUUGAACGCGCCCUCCUCGCCCUCAUCUCCAUCCUCGGCGCUGGCGCAGUCGCUUGGUCGCGCAUCUACCUCAAUUACCACACCCCGCAGCAGGUGCUCGUUGGGUGCGCCGCCGGGGCGGGCUUUGCGGGCGUGUGGUUUGUUUUGACUUCGUAUCUGCGGAGAGCAGGAUGGAUAGAUUGGGCACUGGAUAUGGCGCCUGCGCGGGCGCUGCGGUUCCGGGAUCUCGUCGUGCAAGAGGAUCUGGUGGAUGCUGGGUGGGCGCGGUGGGAUAGUCAGAGGAAGAAACGGCUGUUAAAGCCAGAGAAAGACAGGUAG